UUGAAACUCGUUUACUCUUUUCAAGGCGUUGAAUGGCUGGUUUUAAGCACACUAUGGCCAGCAUCUUACUUGUAAAAGCCACUGGUUGAGAGCUGGGAAGCAAGAAGUUCUCCUGCGUCCCGUUCUCGUCGAGGGAGCUGCGUGUUGAGGUGAUAUUGCGGUGAUCUUAGUGGGAGUUUGUUGCAACCAGCUCAGGCCUUCGUAUUGCGGAAGGUUGUCGUGCAAUUUAGAUAGUCUCAGUCUACUUUGGGCUUCACCAUGGCUCUCGUGAGCCGAACUCUCCUUACCCCACGGGUCGAGACGUUCUCCACCCUACCCAGAGGUGGCAACAAGACCACUUCCUUGAAGAGGCAAUUGCAAAUCAGUGACACGCUCUCCAAUAAUAUUGUCAAUUCCAGCUCCGCAAAGGCUGUGCAACCCGUGGACCUCCUGAAAGCAACUACAACCCAAGUAGAGUUGCCAGGACUCCAGAAGAAUUGGUCUGUAAACAGCUGGAGGAACAAGGUAGCCUUACAGCAGCCGAAGUAUCCAGACGCUGAGAAGUUCGCAGAGGUGGAGAAGGUCCUCGGUGACUUUCCCCCGCUCGUGUUCGCAGGUGAGGCUCGCAGCUUGGAGGAGCGCCUUGCGGACGCAGCUCUCGGAAAUGCCUUCUUACUCCAAGGGGGAGACUGUGCUGAGAGCUUUAAGGAGUUCAAUGCCAACAACAUCAGGGACACUUUCCGAGUGCUCCUGCAGAUGGGUGCUGUGUUAAUGUUCGGUGGCCAAAUGCCAGUCGUCAAAGUGGGUAGAAUGGCGGGCCAGUUUGCAAAACCUCGUUCCACCAACACUCAAACUGUGAAUGGGGUGGAGCUUCCCAUUUAUCGAGGCGACAUCAUCAACGCUGACCUCCCCACCCUGGAGGCUCGCACCCCCGAUCCCGACCGUAUGGUGCGAGCAUACUCCCAAGCCGCUGCAACGCUCAACUUACUGCGCGCUUUCGCGACUGGAGGUUUCGCAGCCAUGCAGCGCGUCACGCAUUGGAACCUUGACUUCGCGACGAACACCGAGCAGGGCGAACAGUACCGGGAGCUUGCGAACCGCGUCGACGAAGCCCUGGGCUUUAUGGCUGCUUGUGGCCUUACCCUCGACCACCCUGUGAUGACCUCCACCCAGUUCUGGACUUCCCAUGAGUGUCUCCUUUUGCCUUACGAGCAAGCUCUCACACGAGAAGACUCAACUACUGGGUUAUGGUAUGACUGCUCUGCGCACAUGCUCUGGAUCGGCGAGCGCACCCGUCAGCUCGACGGCGCUCACAUUGAGUUCCUGCGCGGCGUUGCUAACCCCUUGGGCGUCAAGGUGAGCGAUAAGAUGAACCCAGAAGACUUGGUCACUCUAUGCAACAUCUUGAAUCCCGAUAACAAGCCUGGCAGGCUCACUGUGAUCGUUCGUAUGGGCGCCGCCAAGCUCAGGGAGAAGUUCCCUGCCUUGGUGCGCGCUGUUCGUCAAGCUGGAUGCACCGUUACCUGGGUGAGCGAUCCCAUGCACGGGAACACUGUCAAGGCGCCCUCGGGCCUCAAGACGCGCCCCUUCGACGCUAUCCUGGAUGAAGUAAGGGCCUUCUUCGACGUCCACGAGCAGGAGGGUACGCACGCCGGGGGUGUCCACCUCGAAAUGACGGGUCAAAACGUAACAGAAUGCGUCGGUGGAGGGAAAAACUUGACAUAUGAGGACCUGAGCUCACGCUACCACACCCACUGUGAUCCUCGCCUGAAUGCAUCCCAGGCUCUGGAACUGAGCUUCAUCAUUGCUGAGCGCCUUCGAAGACGACGACUUGCAGGCGGCAGCAACACCUUCUUCCAAAGCAUCUCAUCUCAACUCAGUGGCAUGUUUUAGAAAUCAAUUUUACUUUAAUUCUUUUACAUAAAGAGAGUUUGACAUAGAGUGAGUUUAAUGAGCUGAGGUAAAAUAUCGUCUCUGUAAUUAUAGGUCUCGCAGGCGCUGACAAUGUGGGAUUUUUUGUGCCCCUGAGCGCUAUUUGAGUUGCCAUGCCAUUUCUUAUAUCAUCAGAUGACAUGUCGCACUCUUUGAGCGUCCAAUAAAUUCAACUUCUUACCACGAA